AUGACUCAAUCCAAGCCCUCCCAAACACGUACAGAACGGCUGGCCCAAUGGGCUGCCAGCCUCGAAUACAACGACCUCCCCAAAGAAGUCAUCCAGCGCACCAAGGAGCUCUUCAUCGACUGGCUGGGAUGCACUAUUGCCGGACGACAUCACCCAGCCGUCGCUGCCAUUGCGAGAUUCGCGACGCAGAUGGGCCCUUCCUCGGGGAAAAGUGAAGUCAUUGACGGAUCACUGGGAUUCACGUCUUCUCCCGCCUUUGCUAGCUUGAUCAAUGGCGCUUCAUCACAUGUGGUUGAGCAGGACGACUUGCAUAACCGGAGUAUCAUGCAUCCUGCGACGGUGAUAUUCCCCGCCGCGCUGGCCGUCGCACAGGACAUCAACGCCGACGGCAAAGAAUUCAUCACCGCCUGCGUAGUAGGCUAUGAAGUCGGCUGUCGGACGGGCGAGUACCUGGGAAAGAGCCACUACGAGAAGUUCCACUCCACCGCCACAGGAGGCGUCGUCGGCGUCGCAGCCGCUGUCGCUCGUCUCCUACACCUCGACGUCAAUCAGACCCUCUCCGCCAUCGGGACAGCAGGCACACAGGCAGCGGGACUCUGGCAAUUCCUCCUCGACGCCACACACUCCAAGCAGGUGCACACUGCCAAGGCCUGCUUCGACGGCAUCUUCGCCGCCUACAGCGCGCGGGAUGGCCUGCUUGGGCCGCGCGACAUCCUCGAGGGCUCCAGGGGUAUGGGCGCCGCGCUGGUCCCUGGGGAGAAGAACCCAAAAGCCAUCAGCCAGGAUUUAGGGUCUGAUUAUGCGGUUCUGGGGUCGAGUUUCAAGUGGCAUGCGUCGUGUCGGCAUACGCAUCCCAGUGUGGAUGCUUUGCUGGCUUUGAUGGAGAAGCAGCGGGUCAAGUUUCAUGAGAUGGACUCGGUGGUGACGAGGACGUACCAGGCUGCGAUCAAUGUCCUGGGGCUGACGGGUCGAGGCGAGACGGUCCAUCAGAGCAAGUUCUCCAUGGGGUUUGUUCUUGCGGUUGCAGCGAAAAACGGCCAGGCGAUGAUCACGGACUUUACGGAGGCGGCGCUGGAGGACGCCGAGCUGCGAGAGUUUCAGCAGCGAGUAACGAUGGAGUUAGACCCGGAGAUUGAUGCGAAAUUUCCCAGGCAGUGGCAGGGGACGGUCGUCGUGGUGUGCAAGGAUGGUCGGAAGUACACCGAGUCAGUCGAGUAUCUGAAGGGGGAUCCUGAGAAUUCAUUGACAAGAGCCGAACUCGAAACGAAAUUCCGGGCGUUGGCAACGUACGGAGGAGUAACGGAUACCACCAGGGUUGCCAACCUGCUGCAGAAAGGAUGGGGGUUGGAGUCUGAGAGCAGUCUCCAAGGCUUUUCUGUAUAG